CCAUAAUUGUCUUUGCUCGCGAUCGUGGUAGCCCUUCAGCCUGCUGAGGAUAUGGCGCCAGGGUAGUGGUUGGCCCCCUUCGCGCAAUAGUUGUCAUGCGGGCUUUUGCCUUGUCUUUUACAAACGUGGCCCGUAGAAAACUCCCGUCAGCCCUUGCUCAGAUCCAGACGGAAAUAGGUAGCGGAUUCUGAAACUGAUAGCCGACGCGCGAACUCGGACCCAAGUCCGCAAGCAAUAUUGGGACUCAGGCCGCGAGCUGCCAAUAUUGGAACUCAGACGCAAACGCAAGCCCAGAAGCGGGGCCGGGGCUCAAGCCCAAGCACGGCCCUCACAUUGGAACUCCAAGCGAAUUCGAGUGUUGGUCUGCAAAAAAUACAGGGGUAGGAUAAGUGUCGACCAAACAUCGGGCGAGGGCGACAUAAUUUCGAGCAUCAUUGCUGUGCUUCGUCCGACCUCGAGGCUACGCCUGGCAUGUUUAUUGGCGACGAGGCGCACGCUCACGGAUGGGUGGAUGAAAUUUUUGUCGAAGAGGGCAAUGCUUUCGAUCCCGCGACGCCAUUGUUUGGCGACGACAAAGAACGUACCAACAGCCUUAUCCCCGUUCCCGUGACGCUGCAGGAAGAAAAGCUACAACCGGAAAACGAAGAUAGCGUUUGCCUGCUGCUUCUCCCAGACGAGCUGCUUUUUCGCAUCGCGCUGUUUUGUUCGAGCGCGUCCUUGUGCGCGCUGGCUUGCACCUGUGAUGUCUGGCGGUGCUGCGUCCAGGACUUUGGCCAUCUGAUCCUUCGAGGGCAAGCGCUGGGGGAUCCAGUUCGCACACUGGAAGCGGAUAUCGUGCAGCGCUUGGUGACACGGAGUGAAGGCCUGAUCUCCGAACGGGAAGCAUGGCAUAUAUGGUGUCAACGCCGAGCGCUUUGGCGACAUGGAUCACGUUAUCUGCGCAGCCUCUCUACGGAUCUCGUGCGCACGCAGGCGUGCGCGGUAGUCGAAGGGCGUGGUGGCUUGCCUGUUCCAUUGCAUCGGUGUCCGGAUGUGAUGCGGCGUACAUCUACUCCAGCGACACGAAGUCGAGACACAUUUUUAGGCUGGCACACUGAAACAGGUAGAGAAGGAAACGUGAAAAACCUUUCGUACGUGGAGCAGCUCCGGUUGCCUGUGUGGUCGCCAAGGGUAGUAGCAGGGCACCAUCCUGGCAGGAGCAGUUGCAUUUCCGGUCGGUCUGCUUUUUGUGCCACCUGUUUGCACUCCUGUGUCUGGCCACUUGUCAACGUCAUUAUCGUGGGCAGCAAUGAGGGAACGUUGCGCGUGUACGGGCAAGUUCUGUUCGGAGCGUCUGCCGGCGCGCGGCCAACGAGGAAAAGUUCCGAAACUCCAGCCCAGUUCGGCGCGACGCCGUCGAGAUUUUCGCUAGAGGAAAACCUAGGCCACGGCCCACACCAAGAACUGUGCCAACUCGCAAGUGCGCACCGGUCGAGCGUCACGGGAAUAGCGUCCGCCCGCAGCCUGCUAUUGACUGUGGGUCUGGACGGAUUAUUUCGAGUCUGGCGUUUGGAGCGUGGUGUCGGGGAGCUAAAACAAGAGGUGAACACCCGGACGGCGAGCCCUUCGGCUGCAGUCGAAGCAGCCAGAACUCCUGCCGGAAGUGCUUUUCAGUGCUUUCGCCUACUCGAGAUAUUUCAGUGUCCGCUAUCUGGAGGACCCGCGAAUAGGUUGAGUAUUAUUUCCUACAUUGACGGGGACGCACACGCACUCGACGACGACGGCACCAGUGGGUUCAUAGCACUCACUGCUCACGAGGACGGGAGUGUGCGCGCCCACGUUGGUAAAGUUGUACAGGGAGCCGAUCCACAGGAGCUUCACCUUCAGCGGCACCGACACCAGCCCAGCGACGUGCCGCUACGGAGGCUGCUAGCCACUGUGAGCCGAGAUUCCAUGACCAUUGAUUCCACGACGGCUGCCAGUGGUGCUUGUUUCGACCCGUGCGAGCGCGUGAGCGAAGAACAAACGGGAAACCGCCUCAGUUUGAAUGCUUCGCCAGUUGUGUGUGGCCUUGAUCGCUUGCGAUGUUUGGAAGCAGAGCGCAUCAGGCGACUGCGUUUGUGGGAGCAGGAACCAGAGGAAAGCCAAAGCGGCCGUGCUUGUCAACGAACUGCGCCCGCGGUUUUUUACGACUGGUGCUUGCCUUUCUCCGCAGAGACGCAUGCGGAUUUAUGGUUACUUCCGGAACUUCCAGAGCAUCGGGAUCGCGCCACUUUUGAAGACGUGCUGCAGCUCGAUUUGCAUUCCAUCCGUGUUCCGGCCCCGACAACAGCAGCGGGGGGCAGCACGGAGGACCAAUCGGGGCCACAUCCGGUGGCACUUUCGUCGGGACGGAAGUUGCUUUCUCAAUCGAGGGCGAGUGCUAUUGGAGGCAAGUCGACGGAUAACGCGAGCGUCUUCAAGUCCAAGUGUUGCGGAGACGUGCGAUACCCGGGUGUGACUGGAGAACGCACGCCCAUUAUUUCACCGAGCGGCGCCCCGCCCAUGUAUGUAUGUACCCACCUGGAAGGGAAUUUAGUUUGCAGUGGUGGGUUCGACCGGAAAUUGCACGUGUGGGACGUGUGGAAGAACUCGCAGCAUCAUUUGUCGUUCUCCACCAAUGCUCACAUCGUGGCUUUGCAUGCCGUCCGGGCAAAAGCUUUGUUCGUUGGGUUGAGUUCUGGGCUAAUUCUACAAUUUCCGUGGGGCCAACUGGUGCCGCACACAACCCUGGUAGAAAGAACAUCGGCGGUUUGCGACGAGGUCAUCGAGCUCCGCGGCCACGCAGGCUCGGUAGAGGAUAUCUGCUACCACACUGACAAAUGCUAGUGCACAGCCGCAAAAAUGAAGAAUUGCAUGCCGACAGAGCGGCUCAUUUUUAUGAGCCAUUAUGUAUGUUGAUGCUCUGCAUUACAUGAGCAUUCUGAAAUGCUGAGUUUCCUCUCGAUGCCGCUUUUCGUCUGAGAUUGCACGAGGGAGCUUCUAUGGGUUGCACUACAGGUACCUCAACUGCACUUCCAGAUCUCAACUUUGAGACCUCAUAGCUUAACGUUGAGAAAUAUAUCUGAACGACCGGCGCACCAAAUCGGUGCCGCCAGCUCCGCUGGUUUCGGGUUUAGGGCUUGGGGUCUAGGGUCGUCGGGCAGGCCGGCAGCGAGUGACUGCCCCCCCCCGGCGGUUUUCUUUUGCUACCCUCCUAAUGUUGCACGCCGACCCGCGUCCUCUCGUUGCGCCCUGUGUUUCUCUAAACGCGCGCCCUUCGUUGUCCGUCCGGUGGCUCUCCUUUCUGCAUUGGCUUGCCGACCUUCACGCCGGCAACUUCUCGCGUGUGUUUAUCGUUGAGACCAGUCGUUGAGGUCCUCGGAAAGUCGUUGAGGCCUCCGAGGCCUUUGAGAUGAACUCGCUGAGAUCCAGCCGCUGAGAAUCCUAUAUAGCAACCACUUGCAUCGUAGGCCUGGUUUCAGUCUCGAUCUCGCCUCUUGCCCUUCCAUCUUGUUCGUGGCUGCUCGCAUGAGUUUAGCCUCUGUUUUUGUAUUACUUCGAUUGCCGCUUUCCUCUCUCGCAUUUUUUGAUCGAUCUUUUGCCCCUCCUGAGCGCACCGCAAGCUUCUCAAAUUGGCCCGAGUGGUGUGGUUUUUUUAUUUUGUUUCGACUUCACGGGGCGGGUGGCUGAGGACUUAAAUUUCUACAGGAGAGCUUGCUCCUGUCCUUUGCUUGCCCUCUCGAGUGUGGUUUCGUUUCCUGCGAUCGUGUCUGUCGUGUCCUCGUCCUGGCGCUGGUCCGUUAACAUAUCCCCCGGAUUGGGUUUAGUGCGGAAGACGUCCACGCCACGCGUUCUGCCUGCCUUGCUCGUGCGCAUACGUUUACGUACGUAGAUCUCCUGGUGCCCUGUGCUUUGAUUUAGGGUCGGAUCGUUCUCCGCAGUGCGGAAGCAUCGGAACCAGAAGGGGGGGGGGGCGCCCGGAUGGAUCAGAGCAGAAGGCCAUACUAGCGCUUCAAAUAUUCCUCCUUCUUUCACGUUUUUCCCUGCGUCCUUGCCUUUUUCCCGGGCCCUGCUGGCACCAAGCAGUUUUUCUUUCGAAGGGGGUUUUUUAUUUCUUGGCGUGGGUGCUGAUGAUAGCCACGUCGGACAUUCUGUGCUGCUUACGCGUCUUUGCCUCCUGUCUUCUUUAUCCUGUAGGCGAUGUGACUUCUGUUCUUCUUUCCAUUUCCGCGGCCGACGCAGCAUGGUCCCAGUUCCGCGGCCGACGCAGAAAGCGUCCCAGUUCCGCUGCCGACGCAGGGCUUAAAGGGUUUGCUUAGGGUUCCUGUUUUGGGUUUAUCGUCCAGCUGCGUUCGCAAAGAAAUAGACACAAAAGUGCUACUGCGCUCAUUGUGUUAGUCGGUGUGAUGUCUGUGCGCUCGAAGGCUCGCGUCUGCUGGUCAGCGCCUCUGCCGACGGCUACCUGCGGUUCUGGAAUGUGGACACCACGGCUAGUGAGCGCCAUAAAGCCGCGCUCGCGGUUAUUGACCUCCAGCGGCCGGUCCUACAGGUGCGGUUUGUAUUUGGUGCGGUGUAUCGGAAAAGCUGUGGCGCCGGUAGAGUCGGUGGACUGGACCGCGUCACGAACAACGCGGGUAGAAGCAGCAGAUCCGCAUCAACAUGCGCAGCCUCGUACUCGGGGACGAAUUCCAUUUGGCCUCCUGCUAUCCUGUAUCGCUGCGUCGACGGCGAGGACCUCGUGGGAGAUCGUGGCGACACAGUGGCGAAAGUCCGCGGGAUGCAGGCAAGAAGCGAUAGAAACACAAGAGAUUCGACGUCCGCCGGAGUACAUACGCCGCCCAAGUACGGUGAUGUCCGGCUGGAUCCGCAGCUGCUGGUUUUACCUAAGUCAGAUGCGCGGUCGCAUGUCUUGACUGCGCAGGCGUGCCCGCCUCCAUACGAAAUUUUUGCUGCCGACAUCGAAAAAGUUUUAGGCGAAUUUAGAUCACGGACGAACGCACGACGCCGGCUGGUAAUGGGCACAGCAUCUACCGCGGUGCCUCAGGUCCAUUCGCUUCCAUGCACGACGGCUGCACGGGCUCGGGGGUCCUUUGACCGUUCGAGGAAAAAGUCGCUUCCCAUGCUUGGUUCGACAGGAAAACAGCAUCGGCAGUACUUGGCUACCUGA